CUGGCGGCUCCCACGUGGUGAGAGAGGUCUGGGGACAAUGAUGGCCCCACACUGCUGCUGCUGUCCCAGGCGCCUCUUGGCCAAGGCCCUCCUCCUGCUGCUGCUGCCGGCGCUGAGCGGGCCCCGGGCCGUGCUGCUGCAGACGGCCGAGGCCGUGCCGGGGCCAGGGCCUCCAGAUCCUGGGCAGCGGACGCUGUCGCCGCUUCCGCCCGGCCCCACCGCUGCCCAGCAGCCCGGUGUUGCCCCAGCUGAAGCUGCUGGGCCGCGGGGCUCAGAGGGAGGCAAUGGCAGCAGCCCCGGGGCGGGGCUUGCAGCGGACGAACAUGGAGGGAAGGCCGGGGAAAGCUCAGUGGGUGGCAGCCUUGCCGUGAGCCCCAACCCUGGCGACAAGCCCAUGACCCAGCGGGCCCUGACCGUGUUGAUGGUGGUGAGCGGCGCAGUGUUGGUGUACUUCGUGGUCAGGACAGUCAGGAUGAGAAGAAGAAACCGAAAGACUAGGAGAUACGGAGUUUUGGACACUAACAUAGAGAACAUGGAAUUGACACCUUUAGAACAAGAUGAUGAGGAUGAUGACAACACAUUGUUUGAUGCCAAUCAUCCUCGAAGAUAAGCGUGCCUUUUGAUGAGAGGACUUCGUCUUUCUACAGUGAAGAGCAGAAUUUCUAUGUUUAAGGAAUAAGAAGCCACUAUGUAAAUGGGGGUGGGGUAUUUAAGUUACAUAUAUUAUGACAACCUUUAAUUUGUUGUUGCAUUAAAUGUAUCAUUUUGUUAUAUUUUUUUGUAUAGAAGUGCUCUAUUAAUAGGCUCUGAGUUGUUGGGAUGAAGUGUACUGUAUUAGUUUAUCUGUUUGAAAGUUACUUUAAAGCAAGGCGUUAUAUGAUCACUUUUUGUUUCCUGCUUACUACAGUACUGUAAACUUUUCUUAUACGUACUAAUUGGUUAAGGUUGAUUAUUUUUGCUGAUGUCAUAUUUCAAGGAACUGUAAGUCCCAACAACCAACUGGUGUGUAAAAAUAAUUAAAAUUUUCCUUUACUAAGACAUAUUUCCCAUUUUUGUGGGGAAAGGAAGCUGAAUUUAUUACUUUGUGUUGAGUUUUUUAAAAUAUUAAUAAAUGUCUGAGUUAUUAUAUGCAAAACAAUAAAUGUGAUCUAAAACACUUUCAAAGUGGUACAGACUAAAUGUGUUCAUAAAUCUAAAGACUAUGACAUUGGGCCAGAGGGCGGUGUUGUACUAACCCGAUGCCCUAUAAUGUCGAACUCACAGAGGAGGGUGCCAGGUUCACGUCCUGAGGUCUCCCUGUACCCACCAAGCAGACACAUGCACCCAUUGAUCCAUGCUGACUGAGGCUAGAGAUGGGCCGUGUUGUG